CAUACUCCUGCAUCUUAGCCAUCUUCUACCUCUCAUCGGAUACGUCAAAAUACACCUUCACCUUGUCUCGUCGAGGUUGCUUCAAAUAAUGGGUACUGCCAUUGCCGUUUCAAGAAUUUUAAUAGCUUUCUCGAUGGAGUGAAUGGAAGAGGUUAUGCCAGGGGAUCCUUUGCUCGCCAUUUACAGGAUAGACAUUUUUCUACGGAAUAUGAGAAGAUAUCAUCUCCAACGAUCUUCAAGUUUAUUGCGCCUGGGAAAGUGUCCUUCAACAGACGCAUAUGUGGUUGUGUAGUCUCUGGAUGACUUUACAUGCAUGGAGAACACCCUGUAAAGGCUUAGUAGGAGUUCUUCAUGAAUACAUUGCAGGUCCUGUCAAUGGAGCUUCAGCUAAUUUUCUCAUACACGGUAUUGUCAAGCCUUUGCCUGUUCUGAAUGAUGUCGUUGUUGUUAGUGAAUCUGUAUCUAGGAAUGAUGACUGUAUUGCACCUUUGAAGCCUGGUGUUAGCUGUUUUUAAAGUUGUAGCUAACACUGUUGGCAGUGUUGCAUCGUCAGAGUCUGUUGUGGCUGGGUUAGUGAUGUCGGAACAGAGUCAGUUAACAACGUUGUUUCUUUGGUACAAUAUGAGUCCUUCUCAUUGUCACCUGACUUGCUCAAGGCUGUCUUUCAAAGACGCUUCACCACAGUUUCCAGUAUACCUCAUCAAUGUAGGUUGGCCUUCUCUCGAACUUUGAAUACAUGUUUGCACAAUGUGCUUUGCAAACCCGCUGAUUUGACGGCCUGGAUUCGGUUACUGCUGCUCCCUAUAUGCACCUUACACUAUACAUACCUACUCGAUCAGCUGAAGAGAAGUCUUCCAACAGGAAACGACUUCAAAUUGCAGCCAUCCAACAUGCCUUACUUUCUUAGAAGGAGCCAAUGGGCUGCUCUUCACUGAUUUCCAAGCUCCUACGCCUCUCAAUCCAACAUCAUUCAGCUAAACAAGACAGCAAAGAGAAGCCAGAGGUGGCCAAUUUAAGCGCGUGUCGGAAGAAGAUUGGGUAUGGGCAUUUUGCAGCUGUGAUUCGCGUCACGGGGUUGCACCACGCAGCGAGGAUACCUUGCAGAUUUGCAAUCCAAACACCCUGCAGCCUCUCCACCUUCUAUUCCGCUUGAUGAUGUUGUUUGUGACCCAAUAACGGUUGACUCAAGGGUUGUUCUUGGUGCCAUCAAGAGUUUUCCAAGAGGUACCUCUUGUGGACGUGAUGGUUUAUGUGCUCAGCUUUUAUUAGACGCCUUGAAUGGGGCAGCAGCGGCAGUGGCAGACGAGUUAGUGGCUUCGAUUACUGGGGUUGUCAACCUUUGGUUGGCAGGUAAGUGCCCUAAGGUUUUAGGGGAACUCGUCGCUAGUGCACCCCUUACAUCUUUACUCAAUCCCGGAGGUGGGCUCAGGACAAUCGCGGUUGGUAAUAUUUGGCGACGGUUGGUCUCCAAGGUGGCUGCCUUUUCAGUUGGUAAAGACAUGCUAUUUUACCUAGGGGAUUAUCAAUUUGGUGUUGGAGUUCCGGUGGGUGGGGAAGGUAUACUUCACGCUGUCAAUGGUUUGAUGGAGUUAAAAGGUCACUCGGAUAGUAUGUCAAUUUUUCUUAUUGAUUUUUCGAAUGCGUUCAACAUGGUGAGCAGGUCUUGUCUUAUUCAAGAGGUCCGGCUUCACUGCACAGGUGAUCCUCUCGGUACUCUUUUGUUUGCUUUGACACUUCACCCUCUUGUGAAGUCUAUUGCGUCUCGUUGUAUGCUUUAUUUUCACGCUUGGUAUCUAGAUGACGGAACUAUCAUCGGAGACAGUAUGGAUGUUGCCAAAGCUUUGAGUAUUAGCGAAUCUGAAGGUCCGAGUAGAGGUCUUCAUCUUAACAUCAAGAAGACUGAGGUUUUUUGGCCUACACCUUAUCCACGCAGCAUGGAGUUAGGUGUUUUCCCCCCGGAUAUUGAUAGGACUAUCAAGGGAGUUAAGCUCUUGUGUGUACUUGUGAGUUUAGAUUUGGACUUCAUGAGUGACAUGGCGCUUCAUAGGGUGAAUAAGACUAUUCAGCUAAUGUCUGCUAUCAAAAAGCUCAGGGACCCUCAGAGUGAGAUGUUGUUACUUCGUAACUGUGUCGGGGUAUCUAGAUUAUACUUUUCUAUGUUUACCACUAAUCCAACAGCUUUGCAUCAGGCUUCUGACCUUGUUGACAACCACUUGUUUCAAUAUCUGAGGCUUUUAAUCACGGGUGAUGGAGCUGGUUUUAGUCCUUUGCAACAAAUACUAGCUACACUUCCUAUCAAAGAUGGCGGUCUUGGCAUAUAUACCAUGGAAGACACUAACACCUAUUGUUAUCUUGCCUCUCAAAGUCAGACUACCUCGGUGCGGAAGACAAUACUUGGUAGGUCUUUCUCUGAUAAUGGGGUUACCUAUCAGCUGGCUCUUCAGAAUUUCAUUCAGGUAUGUGGUUUGCCUCCCUCCCAUUGCGUCGAUGACACUGCCCCCUUCUAUGCCUUCCCUGGCAGUCAUUUACUUUGAUGCAGUUAAGAAGCAAAAUGUAAUAUCCGUCCCAAUUUUAAGGGUACUUUCGUCUUUUAAAAUAAAGGAUAAUUUAGUAAUUUGGUUAGAGGGGUAUUUCGGUAAAUUUCUAUGUAAUGCGAUGUUCUGUUAGGAUAAACUCUACUCUUAGUUUUUGAUAAUUUACGGUAAAAUAGAGAGUCCAAAUCUGUUCACACUCCUCUAACGAAUGUAUAUUUCAUGUUAACUUCUGAUUGGUUGAUUAUUUAACUGAUGAUCCGAUUACCCU